GGCACUAGGUUUCUUGAUAGUCUAGGAGAAGAAGAUGAAUCAGCUACAGAGACCUCAUCAUCACAAGCUAUCUCAUCCUCAUCAAUGAAAGUUUUCAGAGAUCAAUCCAAUCUACCUAAAUUUGAAGAUUUAGGAUUCAAGAAACCAAUUCAACAAAAACCAAGAAGAGAAUCAUCGAUUGGACCGAUUCGAAAUAAUGGAGGAGCCACCAGAAGACAAUCUAUGACAUUUUAUCAAAGAAAAGCCGGUCGUGAUAGUCUUGCUGUUGGUACUACUGCUACUAGAUUAAUUACUUCUUCUAAUACUUCUACUUCUCCUACUAAAAAAGUACUUGGUAGGAGAUUAUCUAUGUUACCUGUUCCUAGUGCCUCUUCUUCUUCUUCUUCUUUGUUUAAAAGUAAUACCCCAGCUUGGAGAUAAAAAAUCAUCUUCAUCUUUAUCUUUUUUUUGAAUACUACUACUAUCUUUUGUUUAACUUUCAUCCUUCAAGUACCAAAUCAUAUAUUGGAUAUAUAUCUCUCGUUUUAGUUUAGUUUAGUGAAAGUCAUUUUUUUGAAUUUGUAUUUUUUUUCUUGUUGUUCUUGUGAUUUUGAUGUUGUGAUGUGUGAUGAUAUGAUGAAGUGGAUUUUUGGCUUUAAGUCAGCUUUAGAUUUGUUG